GGCCUGGUCCGAGAUGGGUGCGCGCCUCCUGCUGCUGGGCCUCUCCUUGUUGCUGGGCUUCCUGCAAGCACUACCAUGUCUCCAGUGUCCACGAGUCAACGCCAGUGGGGUUUGCGAGACUGGGGAAAGUGUCUGCGAGACUCAAGGCAGCCAGCGGUGCUUCCUGAGGAAGGUCUACGAAGAUGACAGGCUCCUGUAUGGAUACCAGGGCUGUGGGGACCUGUGCCUCUCCAUGUCUUUCUUCAGACAAAGUGUUCAAGUGGAUUUUGUAUGCUGCAAUGACACCCCUUUCUGUAACAGAUUUUAGAGACUUGGCCCUUUAGCCCUUUUCUCCCAUUUAGCCCUUUUCUGUACUCCUGCAGCCUCAAAGGACGGGGCCAUCCUUCCCCAGCACUGUUCAAGCCCCGAAGCCUGCUCCUACUAAGCUACGGGUGGUGACGUUUCCACAGCUUCACCCACCAGACCGAUGCCUCCUGUUUCCCAUCGCCCUUGCUGCUCUUUUUCUCAGAUUCCUGUCUCCCCCCCCCCUUUCUCUCUCUGUACCCACAUCCCUCCUCGCUUCCCCUGUCAUUGGCUGGCAUAUAACAAGCUCUCCCUCCUCCCCCUUUUCCUUCCUCUGACAAAUAUUUUCUGACGGCUAAGCCCGGGAGUUCGAUGCUGAUUAGAGAACAGUGAAUAAAACAGACCUGAUCUCUGUCCUCAAUCAAUGUGCCUUCAUUUUAGUGGCUCCUUUUCUGCCAGGUGCCCAGGGUCACAAUAGCUCCAGUAUCUUGCCUCGUUCUUACUCACAGGACUUAAGGCUGGAAGGGACUCCUUCACCAGCCCCUCUGUCACACACACACACACACACACACACACACACACUCUUUUUCUCUGUCUCCCUCAGUCUUCCCCCCUUUCCACUGUGUAGCUUUUUCUGAAUAAAUCUUGCAUCGUGGUGUUGCUUAGA